CUUGCCAGCCUCAAUAUGGAUGUCAAGUCACUAUUCCAUUCUGAUUUUGAGAACUACUAUUCUUUUAUGGGUAUAAACCACUACACACCCAAGGACAAAGAAAUGGACGAGGAGGUUAUGCAUCCACAUACAGAUAUCGGCUGCUUCUCAAUGCUUUACACUAACAAUACCCUGGGUCUUCAAGUAAAAUCAAAGGAAGGGAAGUGGUUGGACGUUAUUCCUGUACCUUAUUCAUUUGUUGUUAUGGCAAGCGAUCUCCUCAAGGUAUGGACCAAUGGAAGGUUCCACAGUACAGAACAUCGAGUUGUUUAUAAAGGAUGGAAGGAACGUAUAUCUGUUGCCUAUGUUGUGCUCUUUUCAGAGACACAUUUUGCAUGCACCGUAUAAACAGUCCACGUACCAUGAUCACAACUCAAAAUCCCCGCUCUCGAAUGAUCGGAUCUAAAAUGAUCUGUAAACUAUAAUUUAUAUGAUGAUUCCCCAAAAAGCUUAGCAUCGUAUGUUACCCUUUCGAUUCUCUAGUAGCGGUUUAUCGAAGAUGGGAAUUGCACUACAAACCUAGGCAUCUGCAAUAUCUUUGAAUCCUGCAAUUUUAAAUGGGAGGCUGAAGCAGGCAGCUCCAGAUUCAUGUACAUAUUUAGUUUUGCCACAAGAUAUGUUAAGGAGAAUAAAGUUAGGUCAGCUGACAUCACAAGGUGCAGUGUUAUAUCCUUUUUUAUUUCAAAUGAAAGUACUAAAAAUUUGCUGAUUGUUUCUACCAUAAACUACCCAGGAUGCUCUUUUGUUGCCAAUUUACACCAUCCCAUUGGAAUUUUUUUGAUAAAACAUUGUUCUUUAUGAUUGAACUAAAUGUUGUUGUUUUUUAUUGUUGUAGGUUUAAUCCAUUAUGUGUGUUUUUCUGCUGUUUUUGGUAACCUGUGUUCUAACUCCUAUUAUUAUGUACUGUAGAGAGCCGUGAGACAGUUUGUAGCAUAAUUAUGAAAAUACAGCUCUAAGAUUACCAAGAUGCUCUAUAAUGCUCAACUAGUACUCCUAUUUCCUAGAGGACCCAGCAAGUAUGGUUUGGUGUACUAGUCUUGAAAGAAAGCAUUAACUCUAACAACAUGGUCAUGUGUACAAUCUCUGAUUUGAGACUCUAGAUUGACUGAAUUCUUUUUUCUCAUAUUAAAGAAUUUGUAUCGUCAAGAAGUUUGAGUUUCCUCUUUUGUGAGUUUCAAAACAUUAAUUUCAA